CCUCACCCUCAGCACCUCCUCACAAAGAGCAGCAACUCCAAUCCCAAUCCUUGGGGAUCCCCCAGGGAUUCACCCCAAAAUCUGCCCCUCAAUCCCCCCCCAAAUCUGCCCCAAUUCCCAAAUUCCUCCUCAGCCUUUUCCCCCCAAAAUCUGCCCCUCAAUCCCCCCUAAAUCUGCCCCUCAAUCCCCCAAAUUGUAAAUUUCUGCAUUCCCUCUCAGCCCCCCAAACUGCCAAUUUCCAAAUUCCUCCUCAGCCUUUCCCCCCCCAAAUCUGCCCCUCAAUCCCCCCCAAAAUUGCAAAUUCCCAAAUUCCCUCUCAACCCCCCAAAUUGCAAAUUCCCAGCCUCCUCCUCAGCCUUUUCCCCCCAAAAUCUGCCCCUCAAUCCCCCCCAAAUUGCCAAUUCCCAAAUUCCUCCUCACCCCCCCAAAUUGUCAAUUCCCAAAUUUCUUCUCAGCCCUUUCCCCCUCAAUCCCCCCCAAAUUGCCAAUUCCCAGACCCUCCCAACCUUUUUUACUUCCAAAUGCCCCCCCAGAGCCCCCUCAGCCUCUCCCAAAUUCCCAGCUCCCCCCAAAGAACAGUAAACCCCCAAUUCCUGGAGGCUCCCUGUGCUUUCACCCCCAAAUCUGCCCCUCAAAGACCCCCCAAUCCUGGCCCCCAAACAGCAGCGACCCCAAUUCCCAAUUCCUGGAGCUCCCUGGGCAUUUCACCCCUAAAUCUGCCCCUCAAAGACCCCCCAAAUCCUGGCCCCCAAACAGCAGCAACCCCAAUUCCCAAUUCCUGGAGGCUCCCAGCCCUUUCACCCCCAAAUCUGCUCCACAGCCCCUCCCAAGCUGUCACCUCCCAGCACUUUCACCCCCAAAUAUUCUCCCCAAUUACCCCCAGGACCCCAAUUCCCAAUCCCCCAGCCCUGCUCCUCUCCAGGGACCUUCCUUUAAGGAUGUCCCUGAAGGCCACCAAGGCCACCAGCCCUGUCACCAAGCUGGUCCAAUAGCACAGGAUGACCCCUGGGAACCCUUCCUUCCUCCCGAGGAAAAACCGGAGAAUUCCAGGUGGGGGUGAAUCCCGGAGCUGGCACACCCCGGAGCGCUUGGAAAAAACAAUUAAUCCUUAAUUAAUUUCACUCGUCCUGCCAAGAACUGAUGGUUUCCUGCUCCAGAAAUGGUGGCGGCUCCUCGGGGCUUUCCCGGCAGCGCCAUUCCCCGUUUUCCGUCGGCUGCCAGGGCGGGAGAGAGCGCAGGGCGGCACCGGGCACCUCUUAUCUCCUGCCCGCAGUCCUCGGCUCCUUCUGGAGCGCAGAAGUCACCCCCGGCCACCUCCUGGCACGUGGGUGCCCUGUCCGAGUGGGCACCCCCGGUGCCACCCCCCCAGCACCCAGCGGAGCGCCCAGACUCGGAGGAGCAUCAUGGGCAACUGUGUGCCCGUGACCCCCGGCAUCCUGGAGACCCCGGGCUCCCUGGACCUGGAGGGAAUCAUGGGCGACUUCUCCUACGACGACAACGACACUUACAUCAACGACACCCUCCUGGACUACGACGCCACGCCCUGUCACAACCGCUUCUGUCCCCUCUUCCAGCUCGUGGCUCCCCCUUUCCUGGCCGCCACCUCCGCCACGGCCGCGCUGGCCACCGGCGCCUUGCUGGUGGCCUUGGCCAAACGUCCCCAAGCGUGGCGGUGGCCGCAGAGCCGCGCGUUGGUGGCACAGCUGGCGCUGGCCACGGCGCUGUUCGCAGCGCUGCUGCCGGCGCUGGCCGCGGGCGUGGCGCAGGGGUGGCACCUGGGUACGGGGCUGUGUCGCCUCACGCACCUCCUGUGGCACUGGAGCGUCUUCGCCCAGGCGCUGCUGGUGGCCAGCGGCUCCUGUGGCACCUCCUGGGCUCGUUGGAACCCCCGGAGCCGCCGCUUGGCCGUGGCACUGUGGGCAGCGGCGCUGCUCUUGGCCACUCCGGCAGCGCUGGUCAGUGGCACCGCAGCGGGCACCGCCUGUGUCCGGCGCAGCGUGGGCAUCCUGGCACCGCUGUACCUGCUGCACCUGGCCCUGUGCCUCUGCCUGCUGCUGCUGCUGCCCGCGGGGCUGCUGCUGGCCGCGCUGGCCGUGCCGAGCCUCAGGGCGAGCUGGGCGAGCGGAGCUGGGCUGGCCUGGCUCUUCCUGGGGCUCUGGGGGCCCUACGGAGCGGGGCUGGCCGGGGAAUUCCUGCUGCAGGCCGGGCUGCUGGAGCCCAGCUGCGGCUCCUUCGAGCACUUCGACAUCGCGCUGGGGCUGAGCGAGGGGCUGGGGGUGCUGCACUGCGGCCUCGGGCCCCUGGCGCUGCUGCUCGCCCGGAGAUGCGGCCGCGAUGCCGGUGCUGCCGGGGGGUGCUGAGCUCUGGGAUUCCCGAGCUCCCGGAAUGCCGAGCUCCAGGGAAUGCCGAGCUCCGGGAUCGCUGAGCUCUGGGAAUGCAGAGCUCCGGGAUCGCUGAGCUCCGGGAAUGCUGAGAUCCCGGGACUGCCGAGCUCCGGAACUGCCGAGCUCCGGGAAUGCCGAGCUCCCGGGAAUGCCGAGCUGCCGGGACUGCUGAGCUCCCGGGAAUGCCGAGCCCCCGGAAUGCCGAGCUCCGGGAAUGCCGAGCUCCGGGACUGCACCGCAGAACCAAACGGAUCCACGGUACCGGAUUGGACCCCCAGCAGAGAGCCCUGGUUCCCCGGCGCCAGAUUUGGACCCCUGGCACCAGACAUGGCACCCUGGAUCCUGGGCACCAGCCUUGGCACCCUGGCAUCUGCCUCUGGGCACCGACCCCUGGCCCCACAGUGCCCCGCCGGCCCCACAGCCUCUGUCCCACACCCAACACUCCCCCAGCACCCCCCGUCCUGUCCCCUCUGUCCCCUCCCUUGGGGUCUCAGCCCCCUCUUUGGGGCCGGACCCCCCUGACUGCCCAGCACAGAAAUCCCUGGGGUGCCUCAGGCUGCUCAGGGGGGUCACCCCCGACUCCUGGGGGACCCCCGAGGCUCAGCCCCACCCUCGAAGCUCCAGGGGGAGGUGUCGGAAGUGAUGGGAUUUUUUCCAUCUCUCCUGUUAAGCCAAGAGGAUGCGGUGGGAAUUAAAACACAAUAAACACAACUGCCAGAG